AUGAAAAACACCUUCCAGCCGCCACGGCAAACCGCGAAGAGGCUGCUGUUGAAUGGGAUUCCUAGUGACGGUGCAAUGCCAGUAAAUGGGGGUCCGAGCGGCUCCCACAUGACCCACUCCCUGAAGUAUUUCUACACGACAUCGUCUGAAGUCCCAAACUUCCCAGAGUUUGUGAUUGUUGGUUUGGUUGAUGAUGCCCAGAUGAUGUACUAUGACAGCAACACCCAGAAAGCAGUUCCUAAACAGGACUGGAUGGAAAAGAACAAUGAUGAGCAGUACUGGGAGGGGAACACUCGAAUCUUUCAGCGUCACCAGCAGGCCUUCAAAGUCAACAUUGAAACUGUAAAGCAGCGCUUCAACCAAACUGGAGGUUUGUGUUUAUUUCAUCAUUGA